AUGGCGGACCAAAUCCAUAGGUGGAAUGUAGCCCACAAGUUGGAGAAGCGGAAACUGCUGGUCGCCAUCAACUGCGUGGCUGCCUUGGCUAUAUUCUUCUUUGGCUAUGACCAAGGGAUGAUGGGGGGAGUGAACAAUUCCAGCGAUUAUCUCGAGCUUAUGGGCAUAGGCUAUGGAGCGAAUAUAAACGGUGACACGAAUGUCCCCGUUGUCACCGACAGUCUGCUCCAGGGGGGCAUUGUCUCCGUCUAUUAUUUAGGCACCCUAGUCGGUGCUCUUUUCGGGGGCUGGAUUGGCGAAAGAAUAGGACGGUUGAAGAGUAUUGCAGUUGGAUCAGUGUGGGCCAUUGUUGGUGCUGCACUGCAAUGCUCAGCUAUGAAUCAUCAAUGGAUCAUCUGCGCUCGGUUGAUUAACGGCAUUGGCACCGGCGUUCUGAAUGCAAUUGUUCCUGUGUGGGCAACGGAAACGGCCGAGCACACAUCUCGGGGUCAAUUUAUCGCAAUCGAAUUCACAUUGAACAUCUUCGGUGUCGUGGUUGCAUAUUGGUUAGAAUUCGGCCUUUCUUUCAUCGAUGAAGGACGUUCAGCUAUACGUUGGCGGUUUCCGAUUGCAUUCCAAAUCAUUCUUUUAUUCCUAUUGCUGGGCCUCGUCUGGUUCUUCCCCGAGUCUCCAAGAUGGUUGGUCAAGGUUGGUCGCGAGGAGGAAGCACGCUACAUUCUCGGUCGAUUGCGUGGAACAGGCCCCGAGGACGGGGACAAGGCGGAGGCUGAAUUCCGGGAUAUCUGCAACGUGGCUGAGCUUGAAAGGUCCCAGAAAUACAGCACCUCAUACUUCUCCAUGAUCACUGGGAGGGGUUCGGGCAAUCUUCACAUCGGUCGCCGGGUACAGCUGGUUGUAUGGUUGCAAAUCAUGCAGGAAUGGGUAGGAAUUGCUGGAGUGACAGUUUUGGGUGAGCGGUUUGAACAAUGUCUUCUACAUGGUAAGGGUAACUGGGAAAGCUUUGUCGAUUUUAAUUGCUCAUGCCGCUCGCAGUUCUCAACUUUAGUCUGUGUCUUUACCUUGGACCGGAUUGGCCGUCGCUGGACCUUGUACUGGGGCUCUGUCGGACAAGGCAUUGCAAUGUUCCUUGCUGGAGGCUUCUCCUAUCUCUGUAAGCAGGCAAAUGCUGCAGGAGAUACCAGCAAAGCUUCAUCGUAUGGUGCUGCUGCCGCCUCUAUGGUCUUUAUUUUUACUUCUGUCUUUGGGGCGACAUGGCUCACGGUUCCGUGGCUGUAUCCUGCAGAAAUCUUCCCACUCUCGGUUCGUGCCAAAGGAAAUGCAUGGGGUGUAGUGGGAUGGAGUAUUGGAAAUGGCUGGCUGACCCUCCUCUGUCCCAUUAUGUUCGAUUCUAUUGGAGAAAAGACCCUUUAUAUUUUCGGAAUUGCCAAUGUUAUCACGAUCCCGAUGGUGUGGGCUUUAUACCCCGAGUCAAACCAGCGCACAUUGGAACAAAUAGAUCUGCUGUUCGCAGCCGACAGCAUUUGGGUGUGGGACGCCGAGCGAAACUUCCAGACUCUGGUGGAAAACAACCCUGAGCUGACGCAAGCAACCCGAGCUCGUGCUCUUUCAGACACAGAGAAGGCCAAGGCGAUUGAGGACUAG